AUGGACAAUAGCAUCAAGAGACCUUUUAAGAAUUCAAUACCUUGGAAGAGUUCAGAGGAGGUGAUACUAGGGGAGCUUGGGGAGAUGAUGGUUGCAAUGCUGCCCAAUGAUCUUCCUUUCACCAUUUUUGUCCCAUCAGAAGAAGCAUUUGAACGUGUUCUAAAACUGAGAGCCAGCGAUAGCUUAACUGAACAGAAGAUAAAUGAUACAUAUGCCACCAUCUCUCGCAUAAUGGGUUUUUCUGCAGUUCCUCAACAUCUGCCUUCUGGAGCAGUCCCUUUGCACAAAGAAAAAUCUUUUGAUUCUAUAUCUGGAUUUAGAUUAUAUGCUUGGAAGGAUGUUAAAGGAAAUCUGGUUGUUAAUGGUGUCAGAUCAGUAUGUGUUGAUGUCAGAAAAGCUGAGAUUGUUGCGCAUAUCAUGAGUGGGGUGAUUAUGGAUGCAGAGUUUGAGCAGUCAUUUUCUUCUGAUUAUGACUGA